AUGAACAACGGUCGGCUCCUCACGUGGGAGUUCAACCUUUGCGGCUUCGACCGGGAGACUGACCCCCAUGUGGUGCGCUCCGUCGAGUACCUCGAGGAACACGGCAUGAGCUUCAACACACACCACCUCUACGACAUCCCAAUGGUGAUCACCGGUGGUCGGCCACUCCCCGAUGACAUACCUGGGUUCCUCGGCAUUGUGCAAUGGUUCAUUAUUGGUGGGGACGUCUAUGACAUUGUGCGCAUGGCCGGUGAUUGCCCGAGCUUAACCAUGGGACUGGAGCGCAUCGCCAACAUGCUCAACGUGGCGCCACCUUUUGUGAGCCCUCGGAUCGCUAGUGCUUGCGGUAUGCUCGCUCUGCAAGCAUUUGUUGCUGAGAAACCAAGUGGAGAAGUAUCUUGGUUUUCAUGUGAUGAGGUAUUGUCAAUGGUUGAUGUAUCUUGA